AUGAAAGGAGGGAAAAAUUUCAAUUUUCAGGGUUGGCCCAGUGCCAAUACAAUCAGCAUCGACAAUGAAAUCAUUGGUGAACCCGACAUCGAAUGUCUAGAAGACGAAAUCCGAAUAUGGAUCAAAACUAGGAAAAUAUUCGCAGGUCGAAUUUAUGCAAAAGGUCGAAGUGAACUCGAAGAUUGUUAUAAAGACGAUUUCGCCACGCAACGCACCAAAAAACCCCAUUUUGAUCUACAAUUUGGCGCGUGUGGAAUGAAAAGUUUGCGAAGUGUCGAUCCACGUGGAAUGUAUUAUGGGAUUACGGUAGUUGUGUCGUUUCAUCCGUUGUUUAUUACGAAAGUUGAUCAGGCUUAUCAUGUUAAAUGUUUCUUUGAGGAAGCGAAUAAAGGAUUAACAGCGGAGUUGGGAGUUAGGUAAGAAUUUUUUGAAACGUAAUUUUUUCUGGUUUUGAAAAGUUGAUGAUUUUCAGAUUUUUUUUGAAUUCAAAAUUGUUAAGAAUCAACAUUUUUUAGAUCAGAAUUUUUGAUUAACCAAAAAAAAUCCCAGCGAAAUCACAUUCAGAAUUUAAAACUGGCUCACUAGGCGCUGCUCCUUGACAAUUGAAUUCUCUAGUCGCUGCCCCUUGAGAACUAGGCUCUCUAGGCGCUGCUACUUGACAAAUGAAUUCUCUAGGCGCUGCUCCUUGACAACUAGGGUUUCUAGGCGUGGCUGCUUGAGAACUAGGUUCUCUAGGCGCUGACUCUUGCCAACUAGGGUUUCUAGUCGCUGCUCCUUGACAAUUGAAUUCUCUAGGCGCUGAUCCUUGACAUUGAGGUUCUCUAGGCGCUGAUCCUUGAUAAUUGAAUUCUCUAGGCGCUGCUCCUUGACAAUUGAACUUCCUAGGCGCUGCUACUUGACAACUGAACUUUCUAGGCGCUGAUCCUUGACAACUAGGUUCUCUAGGCCCCUUGACAAUUGAAUUCUUUAGGCGUUGCUUCUUGACUUUGAGGUUCUCUAGGCGCUGCUACUUGACAAUUGAACUUUCUAGGCGCGGCUACUAGACGUGAAUCUUCCGUAGGCACAGCUCCUUGCUAUCUAGAAAAUACCUCUCGAUUCGGGUCCUAGACAAUCAGGUUUUCUAGGCGCGGCUACUAGGCACUAAUCCUUGAGAAGUUAAAAACCUCUUGAACACCUUCUGAUCUCUCCCUGAUUUCCAGCAUGAUCCCAACAUCCGAACUCGAAGCUCGUCACGGAAUUCCCGGCUGUUCCUACUCGAUCCACUCCUCCUCAAUCGAUGAUUUGGAUGCUGGUAGACCUGCGGGGCAACCGAUUCAAUUCGCAAGAGUCGGUGAUCGAGUUGUUCAUCAGUGGCAUUGUAAUGAUCGUGAGUUGCUCUAACUUCAUUGCUCAUCUUAUAUUUUUUUUUUUUUAGAAAUGUACGGAGUUCUAAUCAAUAAUUGCUACGUCACAGAUGGUUUCGGCAAAAAAGCGGAUGUCAUCGACGACAAAGGGUAACCUUAAACUUUUUUUUAAACAUACAAAUCAAGCUUCAACAAUUUUCAGCUGCCCCAUAAAUCCAAUCCUAAUCACCGGGAUUCGUUAUUCAUCCGAUCUUCAGCGAGCCUACGCCGAAAGUUCAGUCUUCAAAUUCGCCGACAAACCAGGCGUCUGGUUUUUCUGCCAAGUUCAAAUGUGUAUGAAGAAGCAUGGAAUGUGUGAUGGCAUCACGGUGAGUCAAAUCUUCAUCAGAAAAAAAUUAACCAAAUUCUUCUAGCCUCCAUCUUGCGGUUCAAUGUCAAAAGUGAUUGAUAGUUUCGAGACUGACGAAACUCCACAUCGUCGAUUAUCCACACCGAAUCCCGAUUAUGAAUAUGUUGAUGAACAGACAUCAACGACCAAAAAACAGCGAGGAAAUCGCAUUCGAACCACAACAAAACCAUCGAAUGAUUAUGAAUAUGAAGGAGAUGAGGCGCCAAAAUUACACAGGUACUUUAGGAUUAGGGAAAACAUAUUGAUCUACCAAGAAAAGAAUUUUCAGCCCGAAUUCAAAUUCCUAUAACGGAGCAGUGACACAACCUUUGGAUUACGAUUCAUCAAAUCCAGUCACCGCGUUCUCACCACCUAUCAAUCCUGUUACUGUGAGUUUUGGCGGGGAAAUUUUGGUUCUGAAAAUUUUUUCACUGAAAAAUUGGUUCUAGAUUUUAAAAAAAGAUGAAUUUCCGAUAACUCAUGAAGCUUUCAGACUUUAGGAAUUUUUUAGCCUAGGCUUCUCCUUCUUGAGCCUAGUCUGAGUCACGUCCGGACCGGGGAUCGAACCUCUGAGCUCUGAGAUUUUUGAAGUCACAAAAAUCAAGAACGAUUUUUUUUUCAGAAUUUUUAAAAUUAUUAUUUUUUCGUCCAUGAAAUUUGAAUUUAAAACUUUCUUGAAUUCCGAAAUAAAAUUUCCAUUUACCAAAAACUUCCAGAUUUUGAAUUUUCAUUGAAAAACUUGAGUCUCAGUUUUCUGAUCCCCAGAAAUCCAACUAUUUGCCACGUGGCUUUUCGGCCCCCCAAAAUCCAAAAUUCAAAAUUUCCAGCCAACCCAAGAAAGCGUCUCAAAAACGUUCGAAACCGAAGACGAUCUGCUCUCCUCCUCCUCCAACAAUCUAUCGCCAACAACAACAAUCGAGCCACCAAAAAGCAAAAAAAUAUCAAAAAGUGAGUGUGACUCAUGAGUUAGACCAAUUAGUGUUUCCCUUGUAAGAAAAACUGGUCACUUUUUACAAAUUGAUGUAGGUCAGAGACAGGCUAAUUGAAGUAGAGAAAAAGGCUAACGAAACUGGAUUCUUGUUAGAUAUUUCAAAAAUAAAAUACAAAAUUGUUGCGAAAUUUUUGGGAAAAAUUUUUUAUAGGGGAAUCUAACAAGGAAUGGUUUUCAAUGUUCCCCCAAGGAAAAACCGAGAGUAUGUGGAAUGUUGAAGGUUCCCGUGGGUAAGAAAAACCCUAACGGGAAUAAGGAGAGAAAUGCCUUAUUCUCGAGAAAAAAUGUCUUUUAGGUCGAUUUUUACACCAUUUUUUGAUUUUUAGAGCAUCUGUAACUCGAUUUUGAAUCUAUUUCAUGAACUUUUGAGUCGUGGAAGUUGUUCAGAAUGGUCGAUUACGUGUUUGUGAAACUUUUUAUCAAAAACUUAGACAUUCUUUGAAAUUUGGUUUUUUUAGUCGGGAUUUUUCUGAUCAAAUGGUCACCAAAAAACACAAAAAAUAAUUUUUUCCAUUUUCAAAUGAACGGAACUUGAAAAAUUUAUGACGGUCAACAGACGUAAUUUGGUCCGUAGAAUCCAAAAAUCAUAGUCUCGAUUCACACAAACUUCUCCUUCACAACGAAAACUUUGAUUUUCUAUGAAUUUUUCAAACUGGAUUUUUGAUUUAGUGGACUUUUGGGACCAAAAUUAUUUUAUUCCUAAUUUUAGUCGGAGUAAUACUAAAGUACGCCGUUUGCGCUAAUGGAUUUUUAGACUGACAUUUUUCAUCAAUUUUGAAAAAAGUUUCGAUUUUUCUAAAAAAUUUCAUCGCAAAAAUCAAUAACACCAAAAUUUUCUAAAACAAGGCAUUUUUCUCCUUAUUCCCGUUAGGGUUUUUCUUACCCAUGGGAACCCUCAACAUUCCACAUACUCUCGAUUUUUUCCUUGGGGGAACAUUGAAAACCUUUCCUUGUAAGGAACCGUCAGAAAAUAUCAAAUUCUGGCCAGGAUUACUGUAGCUCAAAAAAUUUCACAAUUUUGAAUUAUUUUCAGGCGGUGACUACAAUGAUUAUGAUGAAGUUACAAUUCCACCAAAUCUCACAGAUCUAUUGGCAAAUUUGCCGGAUGAUAUAAGCAGUGAUAGUUUGCAGAAAAUGUUAAGGUAACUUCCCACAACUUAAGACGUAAACCCUAAAAUUAUAUUUUUAGGGACUCUGUUGAUGAUCCAAAAGCGUUGCUCGCGGAGUUCGAUAAAAUGAUGAAGAAGAAGAACAAGAAGAAGACUCGAAAUAUGCGAGAUUUGAAGAAAUCUGGCGAUUUUCGAAGUGGCGAGAAGAUCGAUCAAAUUGAAGUUGAUUGGACAUCGACGAGGCGGCGAGAUAUACCGGCUGAAGAUGAAAAUGAGUUGAGGGGGAAGAAUGAGGAGAAACCAAUGAUUGCUGGACAAUUAUUGAUUUAUGAUUUAGAUGAGGAAAUGCCGAAUGAGUUGAAGGAAAAUGGAAAUGAGAAAGGUAUGCGUAAAUUUCUGAACCUUCUAAAAAUUGUCGAAGGUUUCCAAAAAUUAACAUUUUGGAAAGUUGUUCUUCGCAGAGGAAAACAAAUUUUUCUCAAUUUUCCUAUUAAAUUUUGAGCUGUUUAGAAAUUUAGACUGAAAAACUAUAUAAAUUUUGAAACAGUAGAUUUUCGGAAUUACAAUUUCAAAUGAAAUUUCUCAAAGUCUGGCAUUGAAAUCCAAAUAAAAUUUCAAAACUCAUAACAAUUUUGAAACGUAUAUUUUUCAGGGUAAAAUUUCACUGGAAAAUUCUAUUCAAAAACUUGUAGCUCUCCAAAGAAAAUAAUUUUCGUGGGAUUUUUUUUGUUCCAAUUUUUCUGGGCAAGGACUUUCCGAAAAAAUUAUUUGGCUCACAGAAAAAUCACUUUUUUUCAAUUUUCCUAUGAAGUUUUGAGCUAUUUGGACUUUUAGGCUGAAAAAUAUAUAAACUUUGAAACAGUAGAUUUUCAAAAUUACAAUUUCAAAAAGAAUAUAUCAGAAAUUUGGGAUUGAAAUCCAAAUAAAAUUUCAAAACUCAUAAAAAUUUUGAAACGUAUAUUUCUUUGGAUUUUUUUUUCGGAAAAAUUUUCCGAUUAAAACUUAAAUUUCCCACACUUUGCUGACGUGGCAAUUCAACCCCCAAAAAACUCACAAAUCCCCCCAUUUUCCAGCCAAUUCUCCAUCCACAUGUUCUCCUCCAAUCUCCAAAGCAGCUCUAAUGAUAAUUUUUGCAUUCAUCGGUGCACUUCUAGCAAUUCUCAUCGCAAUAAUCAUGGGCCUAUUCAUCCGCCUAAAAUAUCCCAGUGAGUUAUAUAAUAUCUUCAUACCGUAAUCCUCUCUGAUUUAAAGGCACAUCAUCCGACAAUUCAUCAUGUUCCUCAUCCUCCGUCUUCCCAUUCGCUCAACAAACUCAAAAACGAUACUUUUUCGAAUCAACAACUUCUCCAGAUGCUUCUAAUUAA